AUGUCGAGCUCAGGCAAAUGGCGCGAGGAGCAGAUCCUGAUCAUCUGCCCUGGUAGCAAGACGACCCUUGCGCAACUCGGAUGCAGCGAGCUAACACUGCCAACGCACCGCAUCCCCACGCGCAUGUUUAAAGAUGGCGAUGAGUGGCGCCCGUUCCACACGUACAAGCGCAUCAAGAUUGUCGAAGGCGCCGAGCAGGAAGAAUGGGUCGAGGACGUUGACUCGGACGAGGGCGCCGUAUACCCCAUCCGCGCGGGCCAUAUUGUGCACAUGGAUGCCUUCCUCGCCUUUCUCGACCACGUUCACGGCCUCCUCACGACGACAUACCACAACACGCCCAUUCUGUUGAUGGCGUCGCCGCAAUGGACGCGGCCCGACGCAGAGGGUAUCGCGCGGUACGUCUUUGAAAAGACGAGAACGCCCGCUCUUUGCAUAAUUCACAGUGGCGUCGCCACCCAACACGGACUCAAGUGGCCCAACUUGACAGUCAUUGAUAUUGGCUAUCAAAAGGUCGAUGUUACCGCCAUCUACGACGGCCGCGUCGUCAAUCACAUCGAUGUCGGUGCGUCUGUUGCAGACGACCAGCUUUCUGGAGGUGAAGCAUUCACGCAAAGACUGCGAAAACUGCUAGCCUCCAAAAAUUUCUCAGAUGACAUGGCCGAGCAAUUGAAGAAGAGUAACAUCUGCGAAGUCUUGCCAUACGUCGCGACGGCACCGAAGCUCUUCGAGCUCCCCGUUUUAAACUCCUCUGGCGCGCCCCCCAAUGCAUUUUCUGCGAACAAGCCGCUCGCACCCGUUGCUGCCGCCGAGGCCUCCAAGCCUGACAGCGCUGCCAAUGACGAGGAAGGCAGCGAUGAAAAGAAGGGCGAGGAUGAUGGUAUCUUGGAUGUGGCCGCCAUUGUUACCAGCGGGCAAACAAAGGAGUUCCUAGCGCGCAAGGAAAAAGAAAAGGGCAAGCCAGGCCGAAAGCCGAAAGCGCAGCAAGAGGAAGCCCCCACCAGAACUCUGCGUCUACCGAACAGCAAGAGAACACACAACACAUUCUUCUACGAGGAGAUUAUUCAAGAGCUUGUCGUGCCUGAGCCCAAGCAACCUCCCAAUGAAGUACCGAAGGAGAACGGGCCUGCUGGUACCAACCAGACGCCUGCCGAAGGUGCUCCGACGGUAGACUCUGCAGCACCUGCUGCUCCCAUACCAGAAGGCGGUGCUGCCCCUGAAGUGGCCGUGGCAGAUAGCGCAGCGCCAGCUGAGGUGAAGGAGGAGCUCAAGCCUGAAGAGCCCAAGACUUUGGCCACAGACGGAGAGAGUGCCAAGACUGCAGAGGACGUCACAUCCAAGGACUCCUCCAACGACACACCCGAAUACCGGCCAAAGCGCGUUAAGAAGGAUAUCGAAGUGGGCCUCGAGCGAUUUACAUUUGCUGAUCGCUCUGAGAUUGACCGCAUAGUGACAGCCAUUUACCGUACAGUACAAGGCAUUGACGACAUGUAUAUGCGUCCUCCCUGUUGGGAUAAUCUUGUAUUUGUGGGCAAUGGCUCGCGCCUGCGUGGUCUCAAGGAGAAUAUCCUGGCCACGCUCCACGCUAGACACAUUGUUUCUCCUUCCACGGCGACCAUGUUCACCUCUGAGCUGCCCUCGAACAUGGCCACGCCCACCGGUACCGGCGCUCAAACGCCGACCAGUUCGUUCAACGGAGCGCCACACCAGCUGCAGUCAGGAGGCGUCAACCCGCUGCUCCAGGCGGCGACCACGGCCGGCCUGAACCAGCACCAAGCCCUUGGUACACCGCAGCCCGGGUCCGAAGCGGCGGGUCCCGCCAGCCACCACUUCCACAGCCAAACACCCACGUCAAUUAAGCUGGCGGCCAUGCCCAACUACCUCAGCGAGUGGACCAAGGCAGGCUUCGAAGAGUCCAUGUUCCUCGGCGCGCAGGUGGCCGCCCGCAUUGCGUUUUGCCUGCACUCCAACAUGGAUACGCAGUCCAUUGAAGCCCAGCGCAUGAUGAGCCUGAGCCGGGUCGACUAUAAUGAACUGGGCCCCAAGGGUAUCCGUACGCAUUCCAUGCUCAACUAG